AUGUCGAAAAUUAUUUCCGAGUAUCAAGCUGCUCCAACAGAAGUCGUAAUUGAAUCGCCAAGUUAUCGAGUUUCCUUCGUAUCAUUUCCAAGUGUGACAAUUUGCCCCAAGAAGAGAGUUGACUGGGCAAAAGCAAUGCAAUUGGAAAAGGAAAUAAUCCCAUCAAAUGAUUCAGAAACAAUUAACAUGUACAGAGGUUUAAUGAAUAUCUUAUCAACAUCGACGUUUGGCAACUUGGCAGAAAUGGAACAUAUGAACAGUGUGGACAUCGCUUCUUCAAAACUAGCAAAUAUCAACAUUACGGAUAUCUUGUACAGAACAGUACCCGAUUGUGAAUCAUUAUUUUCAAACUGCUUCUGGAAUCAUCGAAAUAUAUCAUGCUGUGAAGUAUUUCAUUUACAAAGAACACUCUACGGUUUCUGUUACUCAUUUAAUUCGGCACGUUCCGAGAGAAAUGAAUACAACAAAAAAUUUGUAUCCAAAAGAACAGCAGCCUAUGGAAAUCAAAGUGGACUAAAGUUUACAUUUCAUUUGGGUAAAAUAAAAUUCCCACCCGAUAUUAAUCAUGCUAUUCGUGAUAAAUAUGUUCUAGCGAAUAAUUAUGUAAAAUUAGAGGAGUAUCGACGAGUUAUACUUCUUAUACGUGGAAGUCAUAGUUGGCCUAACUGGGGUCAGGAGAUUAGAACUGGAGUCUCUUUGAAUGCGAGAAUUCAAUGUUCUUCGCAAUAUGCGACUCGGGAAGUGUUGGAAUUGGACUCGAGUAAAAUUCCCUGUAGAAGAAAUAAAUUUACCUAUGGAAGGAAAUACAGUUUUAAUAGUUGUAUGGCUAAAUGUAAACAAAUGCAUGCUGUAAAAUAUUGUGCUUGCAGUCCUUCAUAUUAUUUUCCACCAAAUCGAUUUAAAGAUUAUCAAAUGCCAGGUGACACUGACUAUGAUGAAAGCAAUUAUGAAAUGAUGCACUGUGAUUGUCCUUCGCCUUGUAGUUAUACUUAUUAUGAUGCUAAAUUUAAUACAGUUCCAAUUAAAUCUAAGAACGAUAUUAAAAUUGAUAUUUAUCAUGCGGGACCGACGAGUAUUCGCUACAAAAGAAAAGUGGUCAUGAACAGACUUUACUUAUAUGUCUAUGUUGGAGGCAUAUUUGGACUGUUUAUCGGUGGAUCAAUAAUCAGCGUAUUGGAAUUAAUAUACAUAUUUAUAAUUUGGCUGCUAAGAAGUUAUUAUCACUAUAGAGCGAAAAAAAUGGAAAAAUUAACUAUCAACAACAAAAUUACUGAAAUACCAUGAGUACUUGUUGGGAAAUGUUAAAAAAAAACUCGAAAUAACUUCUAUCAAUUUUUGGUUCAGUUAAUGAAAAAAAAAGUAAUCAAUACAUCAAAAUUGAUAACACAGCUUUGCUAACAAUAAAGUAACUUUGUAAGUUGCUUUUCAGAUAAACUGAUUUAAAAAAUAAAUUAAAUAAGAUGAAAUGUAUUCGCUGGUACAUUGUAAAUCUGUAUUUCAUCUUUUAAACAUUAAUAAACAGUUUUUAAAUAUUUUGAAACUAUUUUUUCAAUAGAAUCUAAUAUACGUUUGAAGCAUAAUUAACGUAACAUCAUAAUUUUUAAAGGAAAUUAUUUAGUUCUCCUGAUGCCACCUAGUCGCAAAUGACUAAAACGUAAUUAACAUCUCACAGGGUAGGUAAAGGUAAAAUCCUGCGAUAAAACAGUUUUCAUGCCUUACCAUUGAAGGCGGUUAGUUACCCACUGAAGAAAACAGUGACUAAUAAAAUAAAAUGACAUAAAAAUUAUUUACCAUCGGCAGAUAAAUUUUUUUUUCCUUGCGCGAAAAAUGAUAUUAAAAAAACUUUAAUGUAAAUUAAAUAAAAAUUUUGUCAAAACAAUUUAGUGGAAGAAAAACAGUAAUACAACUUCUAAAUAAAUGUACAUUCCAGGUAAAUACUUAUGAAAUUCCAGUCAAAAAUUCAAAAAAAAAUUUCUGGCCCAAUAACAAUUCUAAAGCUUUAAAAACAUUUUUGAAUUUCCAAAUACCAAAAACUAAAUAAGAAGCAUUAAUGUCAAUAAUAAUUAACACAAUAUCAUAAGUACAGAAAAUGUUAAAUUCAGCACAUACUCUUUUCCGUAUAAAAUUGUAAUAAACAUAAUGUGUUUACGAGUUUUAACUUUUAAAAAAGAAUUAUGAGUUAGUAAUUAUUAAUAUUUAUUUCUUCAAACUCUUACAAAGAAUGUUUCAUAUAUUUCGUAAACAUUUUUUUCUUUAUUCAUUAAGCAGAGGUGCCACAAUAUCCUCGUCGCC